AUGCAGAGCAUCGAGGAUGGAAUCGUCAAAGUUGACUUCCAUCACCCAUUUACGCCGUAUGAUGUUCAAGAGCAGUUUAUGAGAACGGUUUAUCAAGUGCUUGAAUCAGGCCAAGGGCAAGUCGGAAUACUGGAGAGCCCGACAGGCACUGGAAAAUCUCUCUCUCUGAUCUGCGCUUCUCUCACAUGGUUGCGUAAUCACAAAUCGUCCGCUUACCAAACGGCCCUGGAAGAGGCGAAAUCGUCAUUCAAGGAUGAGCCGGAUUGGAUGGUUGACCAGCUCCUACGUCGGAAAAGGGAAGAGCUAGUACGAACGUGGGAAGACAGAGAGAAGCGACUUGAGGAUGCGAGGCUGAAAGAGAAAGCUCGUGAAGAGCGUGUGCGCAAAAAGCGCAAAUUCGAAGCCGUUGUCGCCGCCCGCAAGGCAGGCGAGGAAGACGACGGCGAAGAAUGGAUGCUGGAUGACUGGGAUGGCGAGACUGUGACUGCGUCUGCGCCAAAAGAUGCUCUCUCCGGCCUCAGCAAAGAGUCGCGCGACGUUCUUGAGAGGAUGGGCCUCGGCGGGCCGGAGCAGCAAAACGAUGACGGUGAUGCACUAAAGGAGGAGAUCAAGAUCUAUUAUACUUCCAGAACGCAUUCACAGCUCUCCCAGUUCAUCACGGAACUGCGACGACCUACAUUCCCCGCAUCCCUGCCGGAAGACUUGCACGGCGGCGGUGCAAAGGCCCAAGAUGAGGCUGUCAAACUUUUGCCGCUGUCCUCCCGGCAGAAACUAUGCAUCAACCCCAGUGUGUCACGCCUUAAGUCCGUCCAAGCCAUCAAUGACCGUUGCGCAGAGCUGCAGCGGCCAAAAUCAGGCCGCAAAUGUGACUUUGUCCCUAGAGAGGAGCUUCUGGCGCAGACGCACGAAUUCCGAGACACCGCGCUCGCGACAAUUCCGGACAUUGAAGACCUCCACCAACUGGGCAAGUCUCUCCAAGUGUGUCCGUACUAUGCGUCGCGAACGGCCUUGCCUGGCGCGGAGAUUGUCACGCUGCCAUAUCCGCUGCUGCUGCAGAAGAGCGCCCGGGAUGCGCUGGGGAUCAAGCUCGAAGGCAAUGUUGUCAUUGUUGACGAAGCGCACAACAUCAUGGACGCUGUCUCGAACGUGUACGCGGCAGACAUGAAGCUGAGCGACCUUCGCAGAUGCCGAGAGAUGCUGGGGGUCUACGUGCGAAGGUUUGGAAAGAAGCUCAAGGGUGUGAAUCGUGUCAACGUUGGCCGAGUUGGUCGCGUUGUCGAAGGACUCAGCGAGUAUAUGAACACCACGCUCAAUGCCAAGCUCGCUUACAAAAUCGAAGGCUAUGCUUCCCACGUCGACAGUAAACAGGAAGAUGGGAAGCAGCAUGCUCCCAAGUCAAGCACACCGGUACUGCACACGUUUGUGUCUUUUCUCAUUGCGCUUACAAACCUGAGCUCAGAAGGUCGCAUAUUCUACCAGAAACUGCGAGGAGCUCAGGCGGACGUGCAGUUAUCAUACCUGCUCCUGUCACCCACAUACGCCUUCUCGUCUAUUGCCUCUAGCGCAAGAGCGGUCAUCUUGGCGGGUGGUACAAUGUCGCCGUUUGAUGACUAUAAAGAUCAUCUAUUCCCGACGCUCGACGACUCCAAAAUCACCACUUUGAGCUGCGGCCACGUUAUUCCGUCCACAAAUCUUUGCGUCCGCACACUGGCUGCGUCGAGAGCGGGCGGGCCGUCCUUUGAGUUUAGCUACCAGCGACGCGGCGAUCAAGAAAUGAUUGCACUGCUUGGGCUGGCCAUUUUGAACAUGUGUUCUAUCGUUCCAGAUGGUGUUGUCGUUUUCUUCCCGAGCUACGGCUACCUCGACGAAGUCGUGGAAGCCUGGAAGAAGAAGCGACCAGGAGAUACCCAACCCACCUGGGAGCGUCUCCAGUCUAAAAAGACAAUCUUCCAAGAGACAAAGGGUGCGUCCAGCGACGAGGUUCUCCAAAAGUAUUCCGAGGCCAUACUGGGACCCCCGGGCAGCCGGGCUGGCAGCGGCGGCGCUCUGCUGCUCAGCGUCGUCGGCGGCAAGAUGUCCGAGGGCAUCAACUUCUCCGACCGACUCGGACGACUGGUGGUCAUCAUCGGCCUGCCGUACCCCAACAUCGCGUCGCCCGACUGGAAGGCCAAGAUGGAGUACAUCGAAUCCUCGACCAAGGCGCGGCUGCUGGAGCGCGGCGGUGGCAUCACGCCGGCCGAGGCCGCCGCUCGCGCGAAGCAGACGGCGCGAGACUUUUACGAGAACUCGUGCAUGCGGGCGGUCAACCAAAGCAUCGGACGCGCGAUCCGCCACCGAGGCGACUACGCGGCGAUCGUGCUGCUGGACAAGCGGUACACGGGCGAGGGGAUUCGCAGCAAGCUGCCGGGCUGGAUCCAGGGCGGGCUGCAGAUGGAUUCGCAGGAAAGGGGCCUGGGGGGGAUAAUGGGAGCCUUGGGGUCUUUCUUCCGAGGAAAGAAAACGGGUAACUAG